GGCGCCUGGCGGGCGCACGUGGGUGGCAGCUCAGCAGGAAGGCAUAUGGCGAGUUCCGUGGGGCUGUCGCUCUGCGGACAGGUGGUGGUGGUCCGGGGCGGCAGUCGGUUCCUGGCCACCUCCACUGCGAGCAGUGAUGAUGACAGCCUCUUCACAUAUGAUUGCAGUACUGCCGAAAAGAAGUCACAAGAAAAUAAAGGGGAGGAUGGACCACCCGUGGAUCAGGGGAGUGACACGAUCCUGGCCUCCACCUUCUCCACAUCUGGCAGCUAUUUUGCUUUAACAGAUGACAGUAAGCGUCUGAUUCUUUUCCGUACAAAACCAUGGCAAUGUCUGAGUGUCAGGAUGGUGGUGAGGAGGUGCACAGCCCUGACUUUCACAGCCUCCGAGGAGAAGGUUCUGGUGGCAGAUAAGUCUGGGGACGUUUAUUCCUUUUCGGUGCUGGAGCCACACGGAUGCGGCAAGCUGGAACUCGGACACCUGUCGAUGUUGCUGGAUGUGGCUGUGAGUCCCGACGACCACUUCAUCCUCACCGCCGACCGGGACGAGAAGAUCCGGGUCAGCUGGGCCUCGGCGCCACACAGCAUCGAGGCCUUCUGCCUGGGGCACACAGAGUUCGUGAGCCGCAUCUUCGUGGUGCCUGACCAGCCCGAGCUGCUUUUAUCCUCCUCCGGGGACCGCACCCUGAGGCUCUGGGAGUACAGAAGCGGCCGAGAACUGCACUGCUGUCACCUGGACACCCCGCAGGAUCCGUCGGAGCCUUGGGGCGACCAGAGAUUUGCCGCGGCCAGGAUGGUGUAUUGGCACCGGGAGAACUGUGUGGCGCUCCUGGGUGAUGGUAUCCCUGUGGUCUACAUCUUCCAGCUGGAUGCCCCCCGACGGCAGUUGGUGUACAGACAGCAGCUGACUUUCCAGCACAGAGUGUGGGACAUUGCUUUCGAGGAGAGCCAGGGGCUGUGGGUCCUGCAAGACUGCCGGGAAGACCCCCUUGUGCUCUGGGGGCCUGUGGGCGGCCAGUGGCAGUCUGUUCCUGAAAAUGCUGUGUUAAAGAAAGUCUCCGCUUAUCUCCGCGGGAAUUGGGCCAUGCUGGAAGGCUCUGCUGGCAUGGCCGACAGCUUCAGCAGUCUCUACAAGGCCACCUUCGACAACAUGAGCACCUACCUCAAGAAGAAGGAGGAGAGGCUGCAGCAGCAGCUGGAGAAGAAGCGCCGGAAGGACCCUCCUCCUGGGCCCAACGGACAGACCAAGAAGAUGAAGUCAGGGGCGGGCCCUUGAGCGCUCAUCCUGGUGGUGUGACGGCUCUCUCCACCUCGGACUGGCAGAAGCGGAUUGUCCUCGGCCCCUCCCUGCCGCAGCUCUUUAGGAAGAAAAGGGGGCGUCUUUCCCCACGCACACUUGGCAGCAGUUAGGUCCAGACCAGCUCAGCGGGCCCCUGGGGCUGUCCCAGAUACUGGCCGGCGUCCUGGGCUCUAGAACAUUCUGUCGCCAAGCAGAGGCUCCUCCGUCUGGUGUCUGAGCUCCUUCUGGUUGCAGGGAAGCCGUUCCGUGUGUCCGCUCGCCUGGCGGUGCUGCAGGUGAGGGGUGAGGACCUGGGGUGCUCUGUCUCCCUGUCGGACGAGCCUCGCCCUGCAGGAGAGGCAGUUUUGACUUUUCUGUUCUUCCCGAGAUGCCCCCAACGCUGGAUGCAUUUCCUCCAGGAGAAAUCCGAUAGCGAAUGUUGUGGCGGCCUGAUCCACAUUUUCGUUUUGUUCCUGUCGUGUCGUCCUUCUGGGUGGAAUGCUGCGCUCCCAGCAGGCAGCCACUCGUCACGUGGGCUCUUGAAACCCGAGUGGCAGUCCUCCAUCAGCAUGAGCUGCAGCGCACGUGCCCACGCCCCACGUGGUGGGCCGCCCCUGUGAGGGGAGUGGUGAGCUCGGUGGGACCGUGCUGGUGCUGGAAGCGGACUUGCUUCAGGGUGUGCGAGGCCCUGGGGCCCUGGCUGCGGACCGACUUCUGCAGGGAAGCGAUUGAUGACAUCAUGUGUAUUUAUUAUUUCAAUUUGAACUUUGUGCCCACGCUGCAAAGAGCAGGGGUGUCAGCUGAGUUCUAAUCACCUAUCAAUAGAGAUGAGCUUUUUGCAGCUUCUAGAAAUGUUCAGCAGCAACAUGUUUCAGAAUAUAUUGAGCAAAACCAUUUUUGAUGAGUGUACUGUCUGUGACUGAAAUGUUCACUUUUUGAAUUGAAGAAAAAGAAAUUUUUGGUGUGGGCGUUUUGGGGGGCCCUUGGAAACAAAUCGGUUUCUGUAUCAAAAGCUGGAAUGCUGCAGCUUUUCCCGAAGUGCCUGGUGUCACUGUAAGCGUUGAUCUGAAAACAGUGCUGUCUGUGAACUGUUCAGGCUCGCCUCCCAGCAGGGGUACCCGCACGCCCCAGGCUGGGGGUUGGGUUGGGCAAAAGUAGUUCAAGAGCAGAGGGGGCGAGCCCGGGAUGGAAUGGGGGUGCCCAGGUGGAAUGGGGGUUCCUGGGGUGGAAUGGGGGUGCCCAGCCUUGGCCCUCCUGUAGGAGGAGCCUGGCCUUGUCAGCACUUCAUCGGGCAUAGGGGGUGUUCUCGUUAGUAAUCUGUUUUGAAAUUCUUUUUUAGGAGAAAUUUAGGUUUGGUCUUGUUGGUGUCUGUGGUUCAAGACAGGGGUCAGCAAACUGGCCCACAGGCCACAUCCCGCCUGCUGCCUGAUUUUGUACGGCCUGUGAGCUAAGUUUGGGUUUUACGUUUUAAACGGGUGAAAAAUCAAGAAAAAUAAUGUUCCUUGAUAUUGGAAAACUAUAUGCCAUUUAAAUUCCAGUGUCCACAAAUAAAAUUUCCCUGGGGCACAGCCACGCUGGUUCAGUUGGGUCUGGUCCCUGCUAGGUCUGCUCUCCACAGCGGCAGGGCGCGGGAGUUGCCGUGGAGACCAUAUGGCCUGCAUUGUCUGAAAUAUUUAUUAUCUGGCUCUUUGCAGACAAGUUUGCUGAUUCCUAUUUAAGAUCCCUUUUAAAUCCAUGUAGUUUUAAAAAUUAACUGGUUAAUUUAUUUAAAAAAAACCCAAAUGCUCUUCUUCCUGUGUUCUCGUUGACCUUCUUUCACACUAGCAUUUGCUGUGUCCCCGUGGACGGGUGGGGCAGGUGUCUGAGGUUCAGGUGUCAGCCCCGGUCCUCCCUGCCGGGGCUCAGGUAGGGACGGCACGGGCAGAGCUGAGCAGUGUCUGAGGCGGGUCCUCUGGCGCCUGAUACGGAUGCCCAGGCACGCUUGGCAAUGCGAGGUAGUGCUGGAGCGGCGGCAGGAGCUGAGAGUAGAGUUGGGAGGGACCACGGCAAUCUGUCUUCCCAGUGGUUGGUUUUCAGUGGCUUUCAUUCUUAUCAAGGUCAUACGUGCACGUGACAGGGACCAAAUCAUAGUGACCAGCUUAUUGUGAUGGUGACCUGCCCUGCCCUUUCCUCCUGCCCCUGUUCCUUCUCCCCAGUUGGGAGAGUCAUUCUCCCUCUGCCCACGCAGCCCCAUUUGUUCCCCUUUCUGUCCCAGGACACGCUGACCUCAGGCUCCAGGUUGGUGUGGCCGGUGGCGGCCCAGCCUCAGGCUGCAGCAGGUGGCGGGAUACAGCGCCCUUUGCUGCAGGAUCCUCCCCGUGGGGCUGCCUCCCUCUAUGACUGCAGCCUCGGGGGCUCUGGCUCCCCCACCCCAGGGGCAGAAAUGGCUUCUUCCUGGGUUCUGAAACCAUGUCCACGCCUCUGGAAUCAGUCCUUCCAUUAAAGGUCUUUGACAAAUCUCA